AUGCAGAUCCACAUCUUCGCUACCUUCUUCUUCGCCUCCAUGGCCGUCGCCAUGCCCGCAGACUCCCUCUCCCGCCGCGCAGACUUCUAUUUGCCAUGCGGCACCGGCCUCUCCGCAACCGCCGAAUGCUGCUCGGCCAACCUCGACGGGUUGCUAGAGCUGAACUGUGCUGCCGUUCCAAAGACCCCUACCAGUGGCGAGCACUUCGUCGCCAUCUGCGCGGCCCAAGGGCAGGAGGCUAGAUGCUGCUUGACGGUGGUCCUCGGACAGGGAGUCAAGUGCCAAACGCCCCCAGGAGCCUGA